UCUGAGGCCCUGUGAAAAUGCAGUUUUGCCUUAGCCUCCCACAUUUUGAACUUCAUCAUUCUGCUCAUGCAAAAAGGAAAAGUUUCACAGUUUUGGCAGCAUCACUUCAUUGGCAGUAAUAAAACUUAGCUCAGUGCAAUGGGCUUGGUCUUCCACUGGCAAAAAUCCAUGCAAUCAGUUGAUUCCAAUGGGUCUAUGCUGGUUCAUACCAGCUGAGGAUCUGGCUCAAUUAUUUUAUUACAAGCAUCCCUCAAAUCACUGUUGUUUGAAUGUAUUGUUUCAUAGUAAUAGCAGCACCUCUUCCUCACUAAAAGAAAAAGCCUGAAAUUUUAUUCUUCUGCCACUUUGGAGCCAUUUGUGCACAGAGGCACUUUUCUUUGCCACAGGAAAAAGGAGUUUCUUUCUGUCAAUGUGCUUAACUGAAAAUGAAGUGCCUUUUCCGCACGCUUUCCAGAAACACUCAUCUGUGGAAUGAGACAGUGCACAGCUGCUCUCAGCCCACGAGGGAGUCAGAGAAGAGGGUGGGUAUCACAAACGUGGUGCGUGGCAGCUCUCACAGGUGCAAAACCUAUCUAAAUACAUGCAGCAUGACCUCAUUACCCUUGCUUAUGUUGAGGAGCAAGGAGACCCACUGCAAUCCAUUGAGCUGCUCUCAGAGUAGUGUAUGCCAAGGAGCUUAUCUGUGUUAAGGGCCUGCAUUGAUGCACUCACCAGUGAGGCUGGUGGCAGAUGUGCGUUAUCCCAGUGCAGCCCUUUUACACCAGGGAAAAGGAAAAGGAGAUGGGUGCAGGCACUGCCAGAAAAAUAAUUUUGAGAUCUGGAUAAUGAGCAUUUUAAGCACGAGAUUCUGAAGCCAUUCUUCAGGUCUAGCUGACCUGCUCUAAGACCUCCCUUCAUUCCCAGGGCAUGUCAGCUUCCGGAUAAGGCUGCUCUAACCAGCAACAGCCCAGCAGCAACCAUUAUACCAGUUAGGGAUUGCUACAGCCCAGUAACACUUUGACUGCAUUCCCCCUUGGCCUAACCCUACAUGCUAGAAGCUGGCUGCCAGCUUCUCUGGCAAUACACCCUGCAAAGAGUCUCCAUACCAGGAAUCCUCAGCUGCCUACUGGUGGCAGCUUUUUAUGGCCCCUUUACACUGAUAGGUGAUAUGGUAUCAGAACUGAGAAGCUGGCCUGAGGUCUUUGUCAUUCACAGUCCUGCUUCAGUGAGACAGAUGAGGCAUGUUCUUGACUGCAGAGUUUGGAGCUUGAGUCUCAGUAGGGUUUGGAUUGUAACGCUGUGCCUGAAAUGGCCUUUUGCUGCAGGCUUCCUAAAAAUAGUUCCACCCACUCCCUCAAAUCACUGUUCUGCUUUCUGUAUUUGAGGCCUGAGAGUCCCUUUCUGGACUGCAAUGAUGAAAAGCUAAUCCUCCUCCUGCAUCCCUCUUCCCACUUCUUGAAACUAUUCUCUGCUCCAUGUCCCUCCUCAAGCCCUCAUUAUUAACCUGCAGUUUUUGCUCCUGUCCUUGUUUUGCCCCAGGCUCUGUUGUGCUUCUUGUGGCCUCCCUGAUGUCUUUGUGGGCCUUGAUCCACCAACCCUGUCAAGUAAAUAGGCUUGAAACCAUGUGCUCUGUUGCUGGUUUCCACAGGCCUACUUUCAAGUGCUCUGCUUUCUGCUCCCUGAAAUUACUGACCUGGAGCUGACUGUGACUUGGAGCUCAUCACUCAGUCACUUCUGCUCAAAUGCUGUCACUGGGCGUAUGGUAACUCCUCAGAGACUCUGAGAUAUGGCUCUAAGGAGCAUUCAGCUCUGUGGCCACUCUGCAUGUCAGUAUUUCAGUAUCUUCCUGCCCGGCCCUACUGGCCAUGCUUGUCCAGCCCUGACCAGACAGGAAACGUUACACAUUGUGCUUUAGCGAGUUUGUGCAUGCAAUGGGAGAGGAAAAGGGUAUUGGGUUUUGAGGUUAGGUACAUAUGUAUUUUCAUUUGCAAAAUGCAGGGGGGUUGCACUUGGGGUUGUAUUUGGGACUGCCUGGGUAUAGAGCAGAAUAUGUCUCUACACGGUGAAAAUGUCCAUAUGAUGGUUGUGCUUAUAAAGGUGGUGGUUGCUGUUUGGGACAAGGAUUCAGGACUCCUGGGUUUUGCCGCUGCCCUGUUGGGAAGUCCCUUUAAUCACCUCUCUCCUGCUUAUUUUGCAGAAUGGGGCUAGUCCCUUCCUUGCAGCUGUACAAUGAGAGGUAAUACACUGAGAUCCUCAGGUGAAAGGAAAGAGAAAAUGUUUGUGUGUCUGCGCAGAGUGAGGGACAUGUUUGUUUGUGUGGGUAGGUGAGCUCUGUGUGUGGGAAGGGUGUCUGUGUAUGGUGUGGCUGUGCAAGGGUGGUGGUUGUAUCUGAGGCCUGCUUUACAUACGAGGGCACACCAGUUCAAUGCAAGGUGUGAUUUUUCGAUUGGCUUAAACAAGCAGGCACUGCCUUGGUAUGGAUGCUCUUAAACGGAGUUCAUCCUGGUUUGCACCAGUGCAGAAACCUGCGGGGGUAAGCUAGGUUUCCUGUGGUGUAAAUGCAUCCACACAGGGAUUAACAGUUAGCAGUUUUUUUUAACUAGAUUAAACUCAGCCAAGGUGUGUAUGCAAGCCUGAAGUGGCAAGUAUGCAGCGUGGUCUACGUGAGUGUGUUUCAAACGGGGAGGCUGUGGGUAGCUGGAGGUGUGUCUGCAUGCUGGGGGUGCAUGCAACGAUUGCACAUGGAUACCCAGCACUGUCAAGCUGAAGCCCAGACAGCUGAUUCCUCGUCCCCCGCCUGUACCUUUUUUCAAUACCAGUCAGGAAGUGGGACGUGGUUUGGGGCUUUUUAUUCUCGGCCUCGCUAGCCUUUUCGAUACUUCGGGGCCUCAUCUCAUUCUGACGGGGCGAACAAGCUGCAGUUUCCUGUGCAAAGGUGAGAGGGAAAAGAGCUUACUUGAGCACAAGCCCUGUGCUCUCACCGAGCUGGCCAGCUCCAGCCUCUCUCCUCUGGCUCCAGCAGUCCCAGCUAGCCAGCAGCCGGGUGCUGAACUAGGAGCCUGCUGUCUCCACUUUUCGCUGUCUGAGGACCACCACGUUACAUCCAUUCGAUGGGCAAGUCCAGCCACUGAGGGGCAUCUGCGUCCGGGCCACACAGCAAAGGAGGGCACCACACAGACAGUGUGAUCCAUUCCUGCACUCAACAACAAUGAAGUCCUCCCCACCCCUUCUCCUUCACAUCAGGCUGUUUGCUCUCCUGGCCAUCACACUGGCAUCAGAAGCCACACAGGGAUCCUCAGACCUAGAAUGCUUUUAUGACUCAGGGGUAACUCUCUUUUGCACCUGGACUCCAGAUGGGACUCUCACAGAAGCACCAUGUCAACUUGAUGCUGAACUUCAGGACCCUUCUCCUGACCACUGGUGCUGCAAGGGAAAAUGUAAAUUAUACGGGGUUGGCCCCAGGAGAUGUGACCUUGCCUUCAACAACAAGACUAAUAUACCUGCCUUGACUUAUUCAGACAGGCUUACCCUGACUGUGUCCUGCCAAACUGGGGAGAACUGGACAACGGUGAAGCAAGAAAAGAAAUUUUCACCAUUUGACAACAUCCAGAUGAGGCCACCAGACACCCUCGAACUGGUAAAUGACACUGGACACGUCUACAACUUAACGUGGAGACUUAGUGUUUCUUCUCAUUACUUAAAUGAAAAACGGGAAUAUGAACUACGGUACCGAGCUCAGAAUAAGCCCUCGGAGGAUUUUAUGUAUGUCAGCAUCAAGCAGGAUCAGGAGUGGGUGAAGUUUGAUAAACUUCUGCCUGACUCAGAGUAUGAAGCUGCAGUUCGUGUGAAACCAGGCAGACAAAGUGGUUUAAAAGGCGUGUGGAGCAACUGGAGCAAAACCAUAAUGUGGAGGACCCAUACUAAUGAAUCAGCCGCCCUGGUUGCUCCCCAGCCCAUGCUGCUAGCUGUUAUAGGAAGCUCAUGCACCGCUCUCCUCAUCCUCGUCAUCUUGCUGCUUAACUCCCGGACACUGAAAUGGUUUAGGAAGUUCCUGAAGAGUCACAUUCCAGACCCAGCCAAGUUCUUCCCCCCACUUGGCACUAUUCAAGGAGGUGAUGUUCAGAAAUGGUUCUCCUCUCCAUUCUCCACAUCUUCCUACUGUGUAAGCAACAUCUCCCCAGAGAUCUCAGUGCUCGAAGUAAUGCAGAAGAAGGACCAAGAAUCCCAGCUUCUCCUUCCCAAGCUAUUCAUCACCUCUGGAGGCUCCCCAGAAACCAGUGGGCACUCUGUGUCCAGCUGCUUCACCAACCAAGGCUACUUCUUUUUCCAUCUCCCCAACUCCUUUGAGAUUGAGCCAUGCCAGGUAUACUUCACCUAUGAGCCUUUCACUCAAGAGAACAGCAGCAGUGAAGAUGGUGACUCCUACAGGGCACUCCCCUCCCCAGACCACUGCAUGCUGGUGGAUAACACCCCACUCUUCCCCUCCCACUUUCUUCACCUCACUGAAGGCACCCAAGGUUUCCAGAACAGAUCCUUUGUGGGAGAGACAGAAGACAUAGUCAGUGAAGUCAGGGUGCCUUCUGAGACUCUUCCAUCAGAUGAGAGUGCCUCACUGACAGCAGCACUGGAGCAGAAUGAGAAGAGAAAUGAAAAUACAGUAUUAGAGUCCUCCGAGUGCCCAGACAAGGCUGGCAUGGUCUUCUCAAGUCCCCCAAAGCAUCAAGGAGGGGAUGCCAUUCAAAUGGUAGAAGGGGCCAGGGAGACUGCCCCUCAAGUCAAUUCCAUUGAUAUUGUGAACGGUGCUAGCUCUUCACCCUCCCAACCCAUGCCUCUGAGUCAAGAGCAGACUGAUGACGUCCGCAGAAUUGCUUUCUCUUGCCAAGACCCUAACACUGGAGCCUAUUUGUCUUUGAGGGAGCUUCAAAGCCAAUACAGCCAUUGUUCUGUUUAAGCUAUUCCUGAGGAACUGUAAGUAAGAGCAGGAGAC